GUUUAAUUCUAUCUCAUCACGAACGAACGACAAAGCCAACCUUAGCAUACACACCGUGACACCACCUGAUUUCUCACCGAUACCCUUCCUCCUGAUAAGACCACCAUUACGACAACUACUACCACCACCGGCUGCGUACCCUCUGUGCUUGACGAAGCGACAACAAGCAACACAAGAUGGGCACGACCGUGUCCCGCCCCAUUUUUCAUGCGAUUGAAACGACGCUGCUGUCGCUCGCCGAGCUCGUCGAUCGGGCGGUGCGGCAGGGCGAGAGAUUCCUCUCGGACUUGCUUCGCCUUGUCUUUACCGGCUCCCGAUCAAAGGCCGACAACAUCGAUGCGAUGAGAGCAUGCGACGACCAGACGGGCAUCUGCUACGUGCCAGCCACGCGCGCACACGAGCUGGCAAAGGCUCGUUCGCGCGAGCGCCAGGACGAGAUGAAGAAGCGCCGGAAGCAGCGCGCCGAAUGGGCCGCGGCAGGGCUCGACGUGCGGAGAAUGGAGCGCGAAGAGCGGGAAAAGAAGCGCGGAGGACCGACGCAGCAAGAGGCGGACAGCGAUGCGGGCGAGAAAAGUGAAAAGGCGAGCCUCGCAGACGCAGCCACGACCCUCGGUGAGGUCGCGCGUGCACCCCCGCCCAGGCCAGAAGAGGCCCGGCAGACGGCAGCGGAAAAGGACAGAGGAAAACUCUGGAUCAUGGGCAACAUGGCGCGAAGAAGCGCUAUGUCCAAAGAGCAACCUGUCCCGAUCAGCAUCGAUCAUGAGAAGCAAGAGGAAGACACUCAAGAAAAGUCAAGGUAUCGAGCAAAGACAAUGCAUGCGCUGGGCGGCGGCCGCCUGGAAGCCGUCCGCGAGGCCUCCUUUGGCCAAGGUCACGGUCAUCGAGGUGUCAAUGGGAGCGAGCAUGGCGAUGUCACCUAUCAGAUCCUCGCCACCUCUCAUGACGCUCCGACUGACACCAAUAGCAACAACCGGAUGGAUGCGCUCGUAUCCGGCAAGAAGCGGAGGUCAUCGGAUCUGCUCGGCAUGGGAAAGGCAAACGCUUCUCCGGCCGUGCUUGCACCUUCGCUCCCCGAGACAACAAAGCUUCCCAAACGGCACGGGCACUCCAAGUCACUCGAUGUUGUGAAUGCCGCUUCAUCCUUUGCUCCUGUCCUUGUCGCUCCCAAGCCCCAGCGUACCUUGAUGCGGCGUCAUCUCAAUUCUGUGCCCACGGCAUCUCCAAAUGCUCCCAAGCUGGCAACAUUGACGACGACCCCAUCGCAAGACCCGCAUGAUGAGCCAAUCUCGCCCGUCUCUUCGUCAUCUGCCACCCCUCUUGUCCGUCCCGUGGCGCGGCGAGCUAACUCGAACCGAGCAGCGAGCGGACCUGGGCCUUCUUCAUCGACGGCACCUUCAGCUGCCACCUCGGCAGCGCGCCAAAAACGAGCGUCGCUAGAUGUGGUCAAAGCCGCCAAUGCUGCGAUGUCCACGACGUCUCUGCCCAUGCGAGCGCCGAGCCCGGCAACGAGCAUGUCGGACACAAGCAGCAUUCGCAAGUUUGCUCCCCCUUCGCGGUCCAACACCAGCACACCCGUCGCCGAACUGGCCGACCGAGCGUGCAGGAGCCGAUGGGAGGCCAGCGCCAAGGAGCGCAAAGUGUGGAAGGGCGAGGUGGAGCGCAUCACGCUUCAGCGCUUGAGCUUGCAGCAGACUAGUCAGCCAGCCGACGGGCAAGCUUCCCCAACACUGAUCAGUCCGCCAACAAAGGAGAAAGUCGACAAGGAAAGGGAAAGGGACAAGAAGAAGAAACGAAUGAGCCUCAAUGACCAUCUGGACCGCAAGUCCCACGGCAUACCCGCUUCGCCGUCUCUCAAGGCGGCCUUUACGAAAGCAGAGGACAGUGGAUUGCUGCGCCGUCGAAUACGUUAAUGAUUGAUACCCUACUUUCUUCUUCCCUCUUUUUCCUUGACAGAGAAGGCUGACAAGUCGCCUGUAUUAUCCUCUCUCACCCCUUUGGCCUCUUAGCUUGCUUCUCCUCUCUCCUUGAAAUACCAUUG